UACUAAGUGUACGCGAUGACGGGAAGAGGGUGUGAAUUUCUGUAGUGUGAGAAAUAUAUUAGAAAUGCUUUCUUAGUUAAUAAUGACAUUAUAUUGUUCUGUGCUUUGAGAAUGAUCUUUAAAACACUGCUGACUAUUAUUCAUACGAUAAUAAGAAUAUUUGUAAGGUUAAAAGAUAAAUUUUUAAAGUUAUAUAUAAAUCUUGCAAAUGUUGGGGAUUUGUUGCUGAGAUGGAAAGAUCUACCCUCAGCACCAAUGGAUGUAGGCCUAACGUUAAGUUUCGGGAAACUACCAAAGCAUUUAGGAAUCAUAAUCAAAGAGGAGAAUAUUUCAUAUCGAGAUUUAGCAAAGCUAAUUGUGUGGUGCUUGACUUUGCGUAUUCCUUACAUUUCUGUAUAUGAUUCUGAAGGUGUUGUGAAAAAAAAAUGGCAAGAAGCUCUGUGAUGAGACACUGCAUUGGAAAAAUGAAGUAUUUUCAAAAGAUUCCUCCAAAUACAAAGUUUUAUUCAACAUUCCAGGAAAGGAACCUAUGAAAAUCAAUAGUUUAACAACAAAUGGAUACUCAACAAUAUUUGAAGCACAGGUGAAUCUGCUCUCAAGAGAAAAUGGUAAGAAAGAAAUUAUUUGUAUAGCUAGGGAAUUAUCCAAGAAAAUGAGCCAAGGAUCUUUGCUUGCUUCAGACAUAAGCCAGAAGACAAUUAGUGCAGCUUUACAAGCAACUAAGGGAAUACCAGACCCUGAACUUGUGCUUUUAUUUGGCCAAGCACAAAGCCUCUCUGGAUUUAUACCCUGGCAAGUUCGACUUACAGAAAUAAUGUCGUUAUCUUCACAUCAUAACUUGUACUUUAGAGAAUUUCUGGACAUCUUAGAGAUGUACAGCUGUUGUGAACAACGUUUUGGGAAAUAAUUUUCUCACGUUUUAUAUUAAAGUCAUAUGUUGAAACCAGUAAUUGUGAAAAUUUUGUGAUUAUAAAUCAUGAGGACUGUUAAUAACUUUGGACUGUGUCAGGUGAAACAGAAAUCUAUACAAGUAAACAAUUUGUUUUCACAUAAUGGAGGGUUUCAUGUUAGUCCUCAAUAAAUGAUUUUCUUAUGGACAUAAGAUUUAUGUGAAAUUGUCAUUAUCUUCCAACUACUAUAUUAUUGGUAAGCUGUACUAGAUUUACUAGCAAUAAAUAUAAAAGGUUCAUUGACACUUAUUAAUAGUUUUAGUUUAAAUUGAUUGCUGGACUUUUAUCUUUAGUAAACAUGUAAUGACAGCUCAAGAGUAAACAGAUAUGUUCAUUUCUGUAGAACUAACAUUAAAGCUACAGUGUUUUAGAAGCAUAUCAAUGCACGUUUUACACAAUUGUUUUGAUACAUCUAGAACACACACCUACUGUAGAUAUAUUAUGAACAACAUUUACAUUACUAGAAAUUCUGUAGGGCUCUUGAAAACAAACAAAAAAAAAACUGAAGCCCAUAGCUUCAAGUAAAUUGUUCCUAUAUAAAAAAUGAAAGUAGAAACAUAUUUUGGAGGUCUAAAUAAGGGGUUACGAACAUAACUAACCCAGUAACAUAACUAAGAUCUAUUUAAGAAAAACAUCCACACGGUUAACAUGCUU